AUGAUCUCAGCCGUCUUAGGUCCUAUUAUGUCAGUAGAGAAGAAGGACAGUGUAAAGGUGAUUCGUAUGCAAGAUACCAAGUUAAUUGACACUGGUGGUGGCUUCUUCAUUGAGGAAAAUGAAAACCCUGGCAAUGAGAUCACAGAUGAUGACAUGGAUGCUGCUAUGAAAUUGGUAACAGAACCAGCACCACUGUUUGAAGAGGACAGACCAUUUUGUUUAGAAUGUGAUCAUCCAUUCAACAAUUCAUUUCUCUUUCACAACUUUGACCAUCCAGUGUGUGAUCAGUGCAGACUAGCAUCUCCAGGGCGGUAUCUUCAAUUUCCAUACAUCAUCUAUUUUUCUUAAUAAAACUAUUGCUGAAAAC